AUGGAGAGACUAGUAAACAGACGCCUCGUCAAUUUUCUCGAAGAGCGUAAUUUACUAGAUCAAAGGCAAUUUGGAUUUCGUCAAGGUAAAGGCACAGGUGCCCACCUCGGGUCACUCUGCGAUACUAUACUAGACAAAAUAAACCAGGGCCUUCACGUCGAUGCCCUCUGUAUCGACAUCGCAAAGGCGUAUAACACAGUCAACCGGGAUGGAAUCCUUCGCCAACUGGUUGACUGGGGUAUAAAUGGACGAAUGGGCACCUUCUUACAAGACUUCCUCCAAGGGAGGAACUUCCAAGUCUGCAUCGGUGGAUCUCUAUCCCAAACAUUCGUCGAGAGCAACGGCGUUCCCCAGGGUUCGGUUCUAGCCGUAACCCUCUUCCUAGUGGAAAUGAACUCCGUGUUCAGUCGCUUACCAGCUAAAAUAUAUAUCUUCGUUUAUGCUGACGACAUUGUUAUUAUCAGUGCCGAAAACUCCUCUAUAGCAACCAGGAAAGUUACCCAACAAGCAGCCGAUGCUAUUUUGCGUUGGGCAAACCGGGUGGGAUUCAACAUUGCCCCAAACAAAUGCACCCUCUCACACUUCUGUCGAGGGGGUCAUAGGAAAACCGACUCCACAAUCAGAAUAGGAACAGUCCAAGUACCAUUCGUGAAGCACCCCAGAAUUCUCGGCAUCAACUUCGACCAGAAACUGAACUUCACGCACCACUUUGGUCUAGUCAAAAAAGAUUGUGAAUCACGUCUUAGACUGAUCCGUACUAUAAGCACUGGGCACCCGAGGUGGAAUCGACACCAAGGGCUACUUCUAGCCCAGUCACUGGUAUGGAGCCGCUUAACCUACGGGAUAGAGGCGACGGCGGUGGGCAGAGAGAAUCUAAUCAAGAUACUCUCACCCACCUACAAUAGGGCUGUCAGGAUUGCCUCAAACCUACUUCCUAGCACCCCAGCAGUGGCCGCAUGCGUCGAAGCUGGUGUAUACCCAUUCCGCUGGUACUCCGCUUGGAUUACAUUCCGUCGAGCACUGGGGUGGCCAGAAAGAACUCACGGAGAGGAAGAUUGCCUAUUACAGAAACUAGCUGAAAGGUUGUUCAAAAGUUUCACCGGAAGCAACCUACCAAAACUGGCUCGCCUACAUCGGGUUUGGAAAAGGCCCUGGUACCAACCAGACCUUCCCAAGACCGACACUUCCCUGGCACUCUCUCUCGGAGCCAAACCCCCUCCAGCAAAAGCUAGAAGCAAUUUCCUCCAAAUCUGCGCUGACCGGUUUACAGGAAUCCCUGCAUACUUCACAGACGGGUCUCGAACAGUUUAUGGUACCGGAAUCGGGGUGUGGGGACCAAACUUCACCCUGCACCGGAGCCUACCCCCGGAAAGCUCGGUAUUCUCUGCGGAGGCCGCAGCCAUCUUCGCUUGUAUUGAGGCUAUCCCCUCGGGAUCCGAAGCCGUGAUCUUUUCGGACUCCCUGUCAGUUAUCACUGCCUUGGAGGCAGAAAGAUGCCGGCACCCGUUCGUCCAGGCGAUUCAGGAAUACACCAAUGACCAAACCACUGUGUGCUGGAUCCCUGGGCAUUGCGGGAUCCCGGGGAACGAAAGAGCUGAUGAGCUAGCGGCCAUGGGCAGACAGUCACCACGAUAUAUAUCGGAGGUCCCAGCCGCAGAUCUGAUCACCUACUUCCGGGAGAGACUCCAGAAACAUCUUAUUCAACCUCUACCACCACCGACCACCAGAGCACUGUUUCACUACUAUCCGAGGCACGACUCCGCCACCGCGAGAGGCUGGCCUCCCGGAACACCUAUCACUGGACCCCACUCCCAUCGGACCUCCACCUGCAACCAUCACCCGAAUACAGGACCGAGACCAGGAGCCUGGUCCCGACCUCCAGAAAGCAAUCCGCCACAGACCCAGCACCUAAGCGGCCAUCCGCCGGGGGCGCUGCCCUCGGGGAUGUUACCCGCGGCCCGAAGCUGUAACAUCAAUCCCAGUCCAGCACAGAAAAAUAGUCUUUAA